AUGGACUCUCGCGCAGCAGCCGCAGAAGCGAUGCGCUCGGCCAUAGAAUAUUGGUCUCAAUUUGUCGCACGCUCUAUCUCCCAACGUCUCGAUACAGAGAAAUUCGAGAAUUACGUUCGACUCGUCCAUGAUCAGCAUCCUCUCCCUCCCGCCCUCGUCGCCGAUUUCUUCCUUCGCCCUCAACCAUCAAAUGAUAAUAGCCUCGACCCUCGAAUCCCUCCAUAUUUACAAGUGCUCACAAGACUCGGCUAUGUCGAUGCGCCGUCAAUACUAAAAGCGCUGUACAAAUACUCGUCUCUACAUGCGUAUGCACAACAACCGAACGCCCAUGAGGGUAAGGAAAACGAAAAAGAGAACGGAAAAAGCGAUGAUAAAGAGAAGGAUGAAAAAGAACAGAAGAUUACUCGAUGGAAGAGCUCUUACUGGGCUGAAGAGGUACUUUUCUACGGAAUUACCAAGUCCGUAGUAGAAGGCAAAGCCAUACGAGAUUCAAAAACGGCAUUGGACAUGACAAGGAUCAUUUCCAAAUUGAUGGUCCUUUUCACGACUGCAUUUGCGGCCGAUAUGAUUGAGCAAUUGCACACAGCCCAGGUACGGGAUGAGAUGGAGUCGUCGAGGGCAGCUCUGGUCGCACUCCUACUACGGAUGUGCGAGAAUGACAUCCUUGUUGUAGCCGUGAGCAAACCAAUUGCCAAAGACGUCCGGAAAGAAAUGUCUGCUGGCUUGGCAAGCUUUGUGCCAACGUUACAGCUCGUGCCGCAAAUAACAGACAAGCUCGAGCAGUUCCGAACGGAGAUCCUUGCCUGCUCUGAUCCCGCCGAUAAGAAGAAGCAAGCUACUAAUGCUGCUAUGGACGAACUUCUUGAUUCAGCCGUUGGCCUGGACAAUUUUGUUGUGGCAGAUAUCCCCGUCAGCAACACUCGAGCAGGAUUGUACAUCUACCUAAACGCUGCACUUAUUGCACGCCCCCUUUUGGACGAUCAUGCUUUGUUUUCGUACAUGAGCAACAAGUAUCAAGGAGACAUCCAAUCAAGUGCCAUCGACCUGAUUCUCGCAUCUUUUGAUAUCUUGGCCAACGCGGUUUUCCGCAAUGAGGGUCAGAAAGACGCCCAUCUUCUAAGAUCAUUCCUGAUCAACAAAAUUCCUAUACUUCUCUAUCAGCUGUUGCCCCCUGGCUUCCCAGGCACAUCGGCUGAAUUCUGUAUCACGGAGGCACUAAGCCACGUAGACACAAGCCUGUUUCCUACAGCAUCACUCAUGUUUGACGAGUCUCGAAACAACAACCCUUAUACUGAGAGUAUCAGAGAAGAGUUCUGUGCCGCGUGCGUGCUGCAUGGCCUCGUGCAAAGAGAGCACGUGGAAAGGAUUCUGGGAGAAAUAUCACUUUCAUAUGAACCAUCUUUACAGAAGCAUUCCAAAGACAAGCUUGUGCAAGACUGUUUGUCUGAUACGGAAAAGAUUCAGGGGCUUGUUCGGGAACUCGACAAGAUGGAUGGCAAUGUCGGUGCAGUUUGUCAGGCACUUGUUGAGGUGCUACGGCAAUCAUGCCACAAUAAGGAGACAAUGUCGUUGAAAGUACUAUGCAGUCAACUUGCUGCCAAACCACAGUCACUAGACGUCAUUCUUCUGUUUGAGAAGCUUCCGAACAUACUUGAACCCCUAUGUCAACUUCUUGAUAACUGGCGUUACGAAGAUGACCAAGAAGAGUAUCAGCCUGUGUACGAGGAGUUUGGUGCCGUUCUGCUGCUUGUAUUGGCCUUCACCUAUCGAUAUAACCUGAACGCAGUAGAAAUUGGUAUCGCCAGCCCUGACUCUUGGGUCGCUAAGAUUAUUGGCAGGGGGCAUAUUGGACGGCAAUGCAAUGAGCUCACUCAAAGGGAGAACGACCACCUCAAUGGGUGGAUUCAUGGACUUUUCGAUACCGAGGCAGGUGGUCUGGGUGAUGAGUUGAUGUCAUCUUGUCCCCCGCAAGAGUUUUAUCUUGUUGUGGCGCCUCUAUUCCAGAGCAUUGUAGUAGCAUACACGCAUGGCUAUCUCAACGACGAGAGCCUCAAGGGAGGCAUAGAAUACCUGGUGGAUACCUUCUUAUUGCCAUCUCUUGUCCCAGCGAUUCGAUUCCUGGCAGACUAUCUCUGGAUAGACCAAAAAGAACAAAAGUCCAUCAUCAAGAUUCUGCAACUCAUCCUCCUCCCAAGCUCCAUCUCGGGAGAAGCAAGCACAAUGCUUUCAUCCGUCAAAAACCUCAUUGCAAAGCCUUUGGAGCAUGCUUUACGAACAUACCAACGUCGAGAUCCCCAGAACCAAGACAUUGAACCACUUCUGCGGACUCUCAAGGAUAGUAUCCCCUUGUCACGCCGGACAGGAGGAACCGACCUCAAUGAGCUUGAGUCUUGGACUGUUACACCUCCUACUGGUCUAUCUAGUGCUAUCAAACUUACCACCCAAGGUCUUGUCCACUGGAGCAUGCAUCCUGCUAUGAACAGUAUGCCGACUUCUUAUACUCAUCGACAAAUCUUGGCUGCUCUGAAGGUAAUGGGCCCCAGGCGAGUAUUGCACGUCAUCUUGGAGGAGAUUCGACAACACACAGAGACUGGAAGUGCCAGUAUUGUCUACGACGUGGCUAUCUCUUUGAUCUGUGCACCCGACGCUGCGAAAGAUGCCCCCACAGUUGUCGAUGCCAAUGGAAACAUGCUUCCACCGGUCCAGCGUCAGCGUAGUCUCCGUGACCUUCUCAAAGUUGAGGCUGAAGGCUGCAGGAAACUCCAGAAGAAGGACCCAGCACUCGCUGAGAUCGUUGUACGCCUACAUCGUCGCGUCGAAGCACAGAUGAUCAUCCCCCAGCCUCCAGGAAUGCUUCAAACCGCAGAGAUGUCUCUCAACCUCGAUGGUGACACCGCUGCACUUGGAGAUGCCAUGGCUGCUGCGGCUUCAGGUGUACAGGGUGACAACAUGUCUGUCGAUAACUUGACUCUUGAUGUCAGUAUGGGCGGUGUACCAUCUGAUCUGGGACUUGGGUCUGCCAAUGACGGAGGAAGCUUGGAUCCCUCAGGGGAUGCUGCCAUGUUUGAAGGAUUUGAUACUCAGGACAUGGAUAACUUUGAUUGGGAUGACAUUGGCAACGCGUUUUAG